AUGGAGGUGUCAAUGCGCCCCAACCGAAUUAGAAGCGGUUACGAGCCAUCCGACACGGAAAACGAGCACGAGUACGAACACGAACACGAGUACAACAAUGGCAUCGCGUACGACCAUAUACGCAGCAGAAGCCCUCUGCCUACCUCCACUCCGAGCCCUGCUCGGAGAAGGCACAGCAAGUCCCCUUACCGACCGCGCACCAACGCUGAUCUCCCGCGCAGAACCUACUCUGAUCUCCGCAUGUCCGUCUCCCAACGCAGGCACGCCAACGGGAACGAAGACUGCCCCUUCUCGCAAUCCGAGCGCAGGACUAAUAAUAUCCACCGCAACGAGAGCCCAUUCUCAGCAUCCGAGCGGAGGAGAUACGCUUCUCCUUUAAAGGACGACGCGAGUCUAGGGCGGAAGGAGCGGUCUAGUGGCUACAGCAGAAGGGCCGCAUCCGCUCCCCGGUCGAGGCUGAGGCCGAGAAGCAAGGAGAUGAACAUGGAAGACCAGAAGCUGCCUUCUGUUGGAGAGAUCAAUGAAAUGGUCGCCAAUGCUAACAUGAGGUCCAAUGGAGGAGGAGUUAACUUAGACAGCAUGGACUCCAUCUUCUUUUCCCGCGCAGCGAAUCAGCCGUCUGCUCUGCCUAAGCCGCCCGGUAGAAGCUCUGCCUCUUCCACUAAUCGGAAUUCUAACUGGAGCUCUCUUAUGAGCAGGCAGAGUAGUAACAUAAGUGACACAAGCGGGCGGACGAGUGGCAGCACUGCCAGAUUCGUGGCGAGCAGAAGGAAGAAUCAGUCAGAAACGACAUGGUUUCUGUGCAUCAAGAAGGGCUCUUGCAAGACCUCUAACAAAUCGCCGGUGAAGGAGAGGCCAUUCAACGAGGCUUCUUUUAUUAGUAAGGCGGUCGUGGUUGAGAGCUUGAGGCCGCUCUGGGCUGAUAAGCAUCAGCCUCUUACCUUGACCGGAUUCGCUUGCCACAAGAAUGAAGCUCAGCUUCUUCUCCAGCUCGCGAACAGUGAAAUGUUUCCGCAUAUUUUGCUCAAAGGUCCGCCCGGUACUGGUAAGAAGGCUCUCACGUUGGCUCUUCUCCGCGAGCUAUAUGGUGAUCCUGUUUGGAAUGAAUCGAGGCCGAUCCAAGUAGUCGUCCCUGUAAGUUCGAGUCCUCACCAUGUGGAACUCAAUGUCUACACAGAGUCCAAAGCCGCAUAUGCACUGACAGCUCUAGUGAAGCAAAUCAGUAGCGAGUAUGCCGUCAUUCCUGAAAUCAGUGUAGCUCCUAACAAGGCACAUUACAAAGUAUUGGUUCUAUAUGAUGUUGACAAGGCUGCAGAGAACAUACAACAUCUCAUAAAAUGGAUCAUGGACUGUUACUCGGAUUGUUGCAAACUUAUCCUUUGCUGCGAGGACGACACAGACGUCCUCGACUCUGUCAAGAGCCGCUGCAAAAUCAUCAAUAUCGAACCCUCCACAACUCAUCAAGUAAUGGAGGUCCUCAUCCAGAUUGCCAAGAAGGAAGGUUUUGAACUAUCCACAGGUUUUGCUUCAAAGAUUGCAAACAAAUCAAAGCAAAAUUUGAGGAGAGCAAUCAUGGCACUUGAAGCAUGCAAAUUGCACAACUAUCCUUUUGCAGAUGACCAACACAUACCCGUUGCGUGGGAAGAGGCCGUUGUGGAACUUGCUGCCGACAUUUUGGCAGAUCCUUCUCCAAAGAGGUUAUUGACUGUGAGAGGAAAGAUUCAAAAAAUUCUGGCAGAUUUUGUCCAUCCAAAACUAGUACUCCUGAAACUCGUUGAACAACUCCUCCGAGGAGUCGAUGCCAGUUUGAAAAGGGAAAUAUACUAUUGGUAUGCAUACUAUGAUAAGAGACUCCCUAGUGGAGCAAGUGCUUUACUCAAGUUAGAAGAAUUUGUGGCAAAGUUUAUGAGCAUAUACAGGAAGAGUUCCAACAAUCGGCGUUAG